AUGUCUUCGUUCUUCACUUUGCCCGCUUCCCAGAAGAAGCGCAAGCGGGAAGACCGCGCCGGUGCCCCCGCGUCGAAGAAGCGAGGUGUUGAUGCAGAUGGCGAUUCCGGCGCCAAGGGUAACCGAAAAGCACGCGAAAGGGAACAAUCGAUUUCAGGAAGUGAUAUCGAUGAGGAUGAAGUGAGCUCUGUGUCCGGAGCGUCAGAGGAGGAAAGCGGUUCCGACUCGGAUGAAGGAGAGACUGCCGGCGAACGGAGGUUGAAGCUGGCCGAAAGAUACCUGGAGAACGUCCGGGAAGAGGUUGAUGAUGUUGGCUUCGAUGCAGCGGAAAUUGACCGGGAUCUUAUCGCCGAGAGACUGAAAGAGGAUGUGGACGAGUUCAAAGGCCGUGUAUAUCGCCAGAUCGCCUCCGACUUGUCCUUCUCCACGGCGUCGCAUUCCUUCUUCCGAGCGGACACCCAGUCGACGACCUCCAUCGCUGUACACUCGCCUUAUGUUUAUACAGUCUCCAAGGAUAAAACUUUAAUCAAGUGGGAGCUGGCGACUCCCGCGCCCCCAACCCCUACGACUUCGGCGAAUGGACAAAGGGAGACAUCAAAACGGGCCCCGAGGCCUCAGCGCAAGAAACCGAAGCAAGUCAGGUUUGUACGGGGCUUGCAGAAAGUCGCCGAGAGCGGCGAGGAGCAGGGUCAUACGAAGAAUAUCUUGUCGGUGGCUGUUUCCCCAUCGGGAAAAUUUCUUGCUACUGGUGGAGAGGAUAAGAAACUGAUCAUCUGGGACGCGGCGACUUUGACACCUUUGAAGACAUUUACACACCACCGUGAUUCGGUCAGUGGGCUCGCAUUUGCUCGACACAUCUCUUCUAUGAGCUCUGGAGAACAACUCUUCACCGGAUCGUUCGAUCGCACCAUCAAGACGUGGUCUCUGAGUUCCGCUGGACAUGCCUACGUCGAGACGUUAUUUGGACACCAGGAUAACGUCUCGUCGCUGGCGGCCAUGGCGAUCGAUCAGUGUAUCAGUGUUGGCGCACGCGAUCGCACGGCUAGGUUGUGGAAGGUUAUUGAUGAGUCGCAACUCAUCUUCCGCGGCGGAUCGAAGAAUGCUCCGUAUCAGGAGAAUAACCUUGACUGUGUGGCACCUCUGCCACCUACACAUUUUGUUACCGGUUCGGACUCGGGCUCCAUCUCUCUAUGGUCCAUCCAUAAGAAAAAGCCACUCUACACUGUCCCUCUUGCCCACGGCCUCGACCCCCUCCCUCCUCUUGACGAGCUCUCCUCUGAAGUCGACCAACAAACCGCAGCAUCUAACUCCCGCCACCUUCGUCGCAUGCCUCGUUGGAUCACUGCCUUGGCCACGGUGCCGGGUACGGAUAUUGUCCUCAGCGGUAGCUGGGAUGGCUGGAUUCGCGCAUGGAAAAUUUCGGACGAUAAAAAAUCGAUCCAACCUCUGGGCCCUGUCGGUUAUGGUUCUCAGGUUCCUCCGGCUCUAGACACGCCUUCGGCGCAGCUGAAGCAGUCUCUUGCUUUUGACACCCCCGCCAACCCUGACCAUAUGGCGGUCGAUGGUACCCAGGAUCAUAUCCAAGAAGGGGAACCAUUGAUCAAGGGCGUUAUCAACGAUAUCGCGGUCUUUGAGCGUCGUCCGGAUACCGUUAAACCGGGCCAGUCAUUGAGUGAGUCGAAGUCGAAGUCGAAAUCAUCCGAGACUGAACCCCGAGGGUUGUGCAUCGUCGCCGCUGUAGGCAAGGAGCACCGAUUUGGCCGCUGGAAAUGUUUUGCGAACAACUUCCAUGAGGGACCAACAUCCGAGGGCCGAAAUGGUGCCAUUGUUUUUGAAGUCCCCUUCAUUGCUGGCCAUCAAGCCGCUGAAGCGUAA